UAUAAGUUCUUCCAAAGAGGCACCUCUCUCUCCCCUGUUUUUUCUCUCUCUGAUCUUUAUCUGAAACAGAUACAGAAACAGAAACAAAAACAGUUCUUCUCUUUUGGGUAUUGCAGAUUAGUUAUGACAGGCAGGGAAAUUCUGCACAAGAUGAAGGUAAAGGCCGGGUUUGGUUCAUGUGUACCAGAUACGGGUAAAGGGAAAAGCAAAGUCUCAAAGAAGAUCACACAUGGUUAUCACAUGGUGAAGGGAAAGUCAAGGCAUGAAAUGGAAGAUUAUGUAGUUUCUGAAUUCAGAAAUAUAAGUGGCAACGAGUUGGGAUUAUUUGCAAUAUUUGAUGGUCAUUUGGGCCAUGGCGUCGCAAACUACUUGCAGGGUCAUUUGUUUGACAGUAUCUUAGAGGAGCCUGAUUUCUGGACGGACACAGAGAGUGCAAUAAGGAGAGCCUAUCGUAAAACAGAUGCUGAAAUAUUGGAUAAAGUAGUUUCCCUGGGAAAAGGAGGGUCAACUGCAGUUACGGCCAUACUGAUCAAUGGCCAAAAAUUGGUUGUGGCGAAUGUUGGAGAUUCUCGGGCUGUUAUAUGCAAGGAUGGUGAGGCUGAGCAACUAUCAGUUGAUCAUGAGCCAAGUAAAGAGAAAAGGAUGAUUGAAACACGUGGUGGUUUCGUGUCAAACCUUCCAGGAGACGUGCCUCGUGUCGAUGGACAGCUAGCUGUAGCUAGAGCAUUUGGCGAUAAGGGCUUGAAGAUACACCUAAGUACAGAACCAGAUGUAGCAGUGGUGACGGUUGAUGAUUCUGCAGAGUUCCUUAUUCUAGCAAGCGAUGGAAUUUGGAAGGUAAUGUCCAACCAAGAAGCGGCCGAUUCUGUCAAACAGAUAAAGGAUGCUCAGUCAGCUUCAAAGCAUUUGAUAGAGGAUGCCCUUUCUAGGAACAGUAAGGACGACAUAUCCUGCAUAGUUGUUAAGUUCCAAUGAUAAUCACCACCUGAUCAAUGCAUGUUCCACAUAUAUAGAUUUACUUCUCCUAGUUGUGUGGAUAUUACUUAAAACAUAUACCGACACUGUUGUACUUGUAAGCACGAUCAAGCCCUUUUUUUCGCCUUCUUUUUUUCAUGCUUUUGCUGAACUGAAAAUGUUUGUUUAGGCAAAAGCAUAAUGCUGAACACUUUGGUUAUCUUUCAAUUGUUUGGGGAUCAUACUUCCUAGCGAUGGAUGUUGUCCCAUUGUUUGUCUGCCU